AUGGAGGGAUCACAGGAAUCCCAUGUCCCACCUUCUCCAUCUGAGUGUGAUAGUCAAGAUAGUGGAGGUGACUUUGAUUUCAAGUUAGAUGGUGAUGACGAUGGAUUUAUUGAUGACCUAGUCCAGGAACAGUCUAAAGAGGAAAAUAGCUUAGAGGUUCCAUCUGGAAUUACAGAACUUGUUAGUGCACCAUUAUUGGCUAAAGAGGAGGAGGCGGGUGAAAUAAGGGACCCCUCCAAAGAUACACCAAAGGCUUCAGAGCCAGGCUAUAAACCAAGAGAUUUGUUUGAUGCUAGAAGAGAUAGAGCUCACUCUGUUUCAUCAGAGAGCCCAACAAUAGAAAGAUGUGCCAUGAGACAGAGGUCAAAAUCCUUUGCUCUGAAGAGACCUAACCCUCCAAGAGACCCAAGUCCUAAUCUCAAGAAAAGACUAAGACAAAGGUGCAUGUCUGUCAUUGAAGGGAGUGAUCAUCCAUCACGACUUGACAUGACCAGACUAGGUGAAGUUCCAACCUACUUGAUACGGCGCUCACAGUCUGCAACAUUUGAACAUGACCUGGGAAACCUGCUGGAUGCGUCAACAAACAAAGACGUUGUUGGAGAUUUUAGUGGGCCAUACACUUUACCGUUGAUACCGGGACAAUAUAAAGACUUGAAAUAUCUUUCUCCAGAAACGGUUGCGCGUGUCUUGGAUGAUGAGUUUCCUGAAGUGGAGGCUCAUAUCAUUGAUUGCCGCUACCCUUACGAGUACAAUGCAGGUCACAUAAAGGGUGCGAGAAAUAUUUACACUAAGGAGGAAAUUGAGAGUGAAUUCAUUGAAAAGCCGAAGAGAAGCUUAACGGGAAAGAAAACAAUUUUGAUAUUUCACUGUGAAUUCUCAUCCAAGAGAGGACCAGAUAUGUCUCGUUUCUUACGGAACAGGGACCGUGAUGUUCACUACCAGGUGUAUCCAAAGCUGUUUUACCCUGAACUGUACCUCAUAGAGGGCGGUUACAAAGCAUUUUUUGCGAAGUGCAAGGAACAUUGUGACCCCCAAUGCUACUUGCGAAUGUCAGAUGAAAAACACGCACAAGACUUAAAGCUGUUCUCGAAGAGAUCGAAAUCAGACGGAAACAUUCUCACAAAAGGAUUUCGACCGGGAUUAGGAUAUAAACGCUAGAUUGCUCGGAUCGCCUUCGUUGUGGUUUUAAUCUCUUAAUCAAUCUGUUCUCGAUUCUACGAAAAUCCCUCUCGCCUCUAAAUUGAUUUUGUAAUACAAAUAUCGUCCCCUCUCUAGGCAAAACCGUAUUCUUUCAGUCCAUUAAUUUAUUUAUAAUCCAGGCCCCGGUUGUUAGAAGGUUGGAUGACGCUAUCCACUGGAUAAAUCCCUAUCCGGUGGAUAGCUCACCACAUUUUUGACACCUGUCGGCUGGACGGCAUUAUCCGCCCUUUGAACAAGUGGGGCCAGUUCAAUUCUUGUUUUCUAGCUUUCAAUUGGAAAUUUCCUCAUUCCUUCAACGAAAUAGCUUCUCAUAUUUUUUCUGUUGGAAUCGUUCGAUAGUGAGCUAAACAAACAUGGCCUAACCACAUAAUUUAGAUUAAAUUUUACAAGAUCAUUUUUUGUCAAAUACAAUUAUAUUGAUAAUUAUGCUUUACAUAGACUUACGCGAUCAGCGAGCUCUUUUGAUUGAACUUAAAGAAUCUCAACGGUUCGCUAUAAAUUGAAACAGACGAAGUGUACUCAGCGUGCACCGGUUGUGGUCAGGGAUUUUCUCGGGCGCUAGAUUCUCCUUUGACUUACCUCGAGUAGUUAUUAAGGAAUUUUCUGUAGCCAAAUAAAUUCACGACUGGA